UGUCCACUUCCUUUUAAUGAGCCGUUCUGGGAAGGCGUGUGUCUCUGUGUGUGUGUGUCUGUGUUGUGACCGCACAUUUUCUCCGGACACAUGCUGUAAGAUCCGCAGAGGGCAUCCGAGCGAACCCUCGCGCACAACUAUGCGGCGUUUGAUGUGCUGAUACAGAGGAGGCCUCGCGCUGUUGCACUGACAGAAUGAGAUCAAGAGAAGAGGUGAGGAUCAUUAACCGGGGCCUGGAGGAGGAGAUGGAGGUGUGGGGGUACAGGCCCUGUCUCUGGAAGAUGACCCUGGUGGGUGUGGGUGCUGUUUGCUCUGGUGGUCUCCUGCUGCUGCUGCUCUACUGGCUGCCUGAGUGGGGUGUCGAGUGCACAUGCACACACACGUCGCUAAGGGAUGCACACACGUUGCUGCUCAGGACAACGGAUGAGUUCAAACAGUGGUUUCGAGCCAGAGUACAUGUGAUGUAUGCUCCAGGAAAGAAGCCCUUCGAUGAUUUGGAUCUGGAGCCCAAAACUCAGCUGCUAAAAGGAGACGGAGGCGAUGACGUCUGGGCCGUUCAUGAGGAGCAUCUCGGGAAGUUUCCUCAUAAACUGCAUGUUCAGAUCCACUACUUCACUCACCACAACACAAGAUACUACUGGAAUGAUGUGAACCAGAACUUUGAAUUUUAUCAAGGCCUGGAGGAUACGAAGGUGAGCUGUGCACAUGUCCACACUGAUAACAGCUCUGGACUUUCUAAAACCCUGCAGGACUACCGGAGGCUAUUUUUUGGGGAGAAUGAGAUCGCUGUGAAGAUACCUUCUCUGUUCAAGCUUCUUAUAAAGGAGGUCCUGAACCCUUUUUACAUCUUCCAGCUCUUCAGUGUUAUCCUGUGGAGUUUAGAAGACUACUAUUACUAUGCCACAGCCAUAGUUUUCAUGUCAGUCAUAUCAAUAGCUACCUCAUUGUAUACUAUUAAAAAGCAAUAUGUGAUGCUCCAUGACAUGGUGGCGACACACAGUGUGGUCCGUGUUUCAGUGUGCAGAGGAAAUAAAGAUAUUGAACAGGCCAUGUCAACAGAACUCGUGCCCGGUGAUGUCAUCAUUAUUCCAACCAAUGGGAUGAUAAUGCCCUGCGAUGCCGUGCUCUUCCAUGGAACUUGUGUUGUGAAUGAGAGCAUGCUGACAGGAGAAAGUGUUCCAGUAACCAAAACCAGCUUGCCCAGUUCAGGCGACGAGGCAGGUAGGAGCUACAGCAUGGAGGAACAUAAGAGACACACGCUGUUCUGUGGUACCCACGUCAUCCAGACCCGCUUCUACACUGGUGAGCUAGUGAAGGCUGUUGUUGUAAGAACAGGUUUUAGCACAGAGAAAGGCCAACUGGUGCGCUCCAUCCUCUAUCCAAAGCCAACUGACUUCAAGCUGUACCGUGACGCUUACUUUUUCUUGCUGUGUCUGGUUGGGGUGGCAGGGAUCGGCUUCAUCUACACCAUCGUCCUCAGCAUCAUAAACAAGGUUCCAGCUAAAACCAUCAUCGUCGAAUCUCUGGACAUCAUCACUAUCACUGUUCCCCCGGCCUUACCGGCAGCCAUGACCGCUGGUAUCGUGUAUGCGCAGCGGCGUCUGAAGCGUGCCGGCAUCUUUUGCAUCAGUCCUCAGAGGAUCAACAUGUGUGGUCAACUUAACCUGGUCUGCUUCGACAAGACUGGUACUCUGACUGAGGACGGUUUGGACCUUUGGGGUAUUCAGAGAGCUGGAAACGACAGCUUUUCUCCACCAGAGUCUGAAGCGUCUGAAGAAUGUCUGGUGAACACCAUGUUUGUGGCCUGUAUGGCCACCUGCCACUCGCUGACCAACAUAGAAGGAGAGCUCUCUGGAGACCCUUUAGACCUCAAGAUGUUCGCUGCCACAGGCUGGAUCUUAGAAGAGCCCACAGAGGAAGAGACAGCACUCCACAAUCCACUGAUGCCCACUGUGGUUCGACCUCUAAAACGCUUCAUCCCUGAAGCCAAUCAGAACAACCCACCUGAGCAGAACAUGGAGCUCUCAGAAUUAUCACCCUAUGAGAUUGGUAUUGUUCGUCAGUUCCCCUUCUGCUCGGCGCUGCAGAGGAUGAGUGUGGUGGUCAGGAGGUUGGGAGAAAAACACAUGGAUGCCUUUCUGAAGGGAGCACCGGAGGUGGUUGCCAGCCUCUGCAAACCUCACACAGUCCCACACAGUUUCACAGAGACUCUGGAGGGCUACACCAGGCAGGGCUUUAGGGUUAUUGCCCUGGCACACCGACAGCUGGAGUCCAAACUUUCAUGGCACAAAGUCCAGAGCCUCAGCAGGGAUCUGAUUGAGACCAACAUGGAGUUCCUUGGUUUGAUCAUCAUGCAGAACAAGAUGAAACAGGAGACUGCAGGUGUUUUAAGUGAUUUACGACAAGCCAACAUCCGCACGGUGAUGGUCACAGGUGACAACAUGCUGACGGCCAUAUCUGUGGCUCGAGACUGCGGCAUGGUCCGUCCACACGAGAAAGUCAUCAUUGCGGAUGCUGCUCCUCCCAAAGAUUUCCACCCUGCUAGCAUCACCUGGUGUUACGCCGACAACCCCACUCAGACCGUCAAAGGCAAUCAGACGACAGAGAUAAACCUGGAGGAGGGUGCGUACCACUUUGCUGUGAGCGGUAGAGCCUUUGCUGUUAUCACUGAACAUUUUCCUCAGCUGGUCCAGAAGCUCGUCCUCAGAGCCACUGUGUUUGCUCGCAUGGCUCCAGACCAGAAAACUCAGCUGGUGGAAAUCCUGCAAAGCAUCGAUUACAUUGUUGGGAUGUGUGGUGAUGGUGCUAAUGACUGUGGAGCUCUGAAAAGAGCUCACAGUGGGAUUUCUCUGUCAGAGCUGGAGGCCUCCGUUGCUUCACCUUUCACCUCCUCCACCUCAAACAUUUCCUGUGUCCCAAACCUCAUCAGGGAGGGACGAGCUGCUCUCAUAACGUCCUUCUGCGUCUUUAAGUUCAUGGCUCUCUACAGCAUCAUCCAGUACAUCAGCGUCACCCUGCUCUACUGGAUCCUCAGCAACUUGGGAGACUUCCAGUUCCUCUUCAUCGACGUCGUCAUCAUUCUCAUCAUCGCCUUUACAAUGAGUCUGAACCCUGCGUGGAAGGAACUGGUGUGGCGUCGCCCACCAUCCAGUCUGAUCUCUGGCCCGCUGCUCUGCUCAGUUCUGGCCCAGAUCCUCACCUGUCUGGUCUUCCAGGUUCUAGCUUUCCUCUUGGUACAAAAGCAGAGCUGGUAUGAGAAAUGGACACCUGAGUCAGAUGCCUGCAACAUCUCCACAUCUGGUUUCUCUCAGGGCCUGAAUGCAACGGCGCAUCACGACCACAAAAACAUCAGGAACUACGAGAACACCACCCUCUUCUAUGUCUCCUCCUUCCAGUAUUUGGCUGUGGCCAUUGUUUUCUCCAAAGGAAAACCUUUCAGACAACCCAGCUACAAGAACUGGCCGUUCUUGCUGUCCUGCAUCGGCCUGUACUUUUUCCUCCUCUUCAUCAUGCUGUAUCCCAUUCCUGCCAUUGAUAACUUCCUGGAGAUCGUGUGUGUUCCCCAUGAUUGGCGUGUCACUCUGGUGGUCAUUGUCAUCGUGAAUGCGGCCGUGUCUUUGCUGUUGGAGAUUUUGCUCCUUGACAUCAUCUUGUGGAGGCUUGUUUUCAGAGGCGAUCAAGGGGCAAAUGGCCCCAGAGAGCCCUGCUCUGCUGACACAUCACAGGUGGCCAACGACUGUUGGGGCUCGGCUUGUCUUUCCCGACUGUUUUAUUGGAGAAACAAGACCCCGAAGGUGUUGUAUAAGCAUCUGGCUCUGGAGCUUCAAGAGGACCCUGACUGGCCCCCCAAACCCUCCACCAUCACCUAUGCCAGUAAUACACCAUCCUGUGUUACUCCCCGCCUUUGAUUCCAGUGUGAACCAAAACAGAGCAGAGACUGAACCUGAAACCCACCGAGCCUGUGUUCAGUUACCACGAUGGGCUGCUGAACUGCAGAUAUUAGACCUCCAUAAAGAGGAAACUUCUCACCGACUGACUGACUGAGAACUAAUCAUAUCUAACAUUCUCCUGCUUUGUAAUUCACAAAAGCAGAGAUUAGAUGAACUGCUGAAACAUCAACCAGAGAAAAGUUGUGAUGUGACAAAGUUUAGUUCAAAAGGACAUCAGGACAUAAAAGUCCUUCUAGUUAUUACCAGAUGUUAAAAUGAGGGGAAUGAACAACACAUAUUAUACCAUGACAUUAUUUAAGAAAAUGUUGAAUGAAUUGUUUUCUGUCAGGUCAUCAUUCUUUCACAUCAUUCAGCAGGAAUUUAGGUCCACUCAUCUUCACAGUGCUGCUUCAGUUUGUUGAGGUUUGCAGCAUUUGUUUCUACACCACUACAUUUGUCAGGUGGAGGUCUGGACUUUGACUGGAUUAUUCUGUUUUAUGACCCAGUUUCAACCAAGUUUUAAUCUACCAGACAGAUAUCCUGACAUUUCAAUGUAGAGUAAUUUGGUAUACAGAGGAAUUCAUGGUUCAGUAGCAGCAAAACAAGCCCAGAUCAUCAGCCCUCCACCACCGUGUUUCGCAGCUGGUCAGAUGUAUUUUUAUGUAUUUUUGCUGAUAUUUUUAACAUAACACCAAACAUGGAGAUGUGUAUUAGGAGCAAACAUCUACACUUUGGUCUUGUCUUUCAGAAGGACAUUGUUCCAAAAGUCUAGUCAUUUGUUCAGAUGCAACUUUGCAAACCUAAGCAAACUUGUUCUGCCAUGUUCUUUUUAGAGAGAUGUUGAUAUAGAUACUCAGUUAUUCAGGUCAUGGUGAAAAUAGGAACCUCAGUAACGGCAAUGGGACUUCCUGUUGUGGUUCUUGAUGAUGCUUCACCUCUCCAAUGAAAGUAUAAUAAAGAAAUCUUGGAAAAAAGAAUAAAUAAAAAAAACUAAAACAGAGAAGAUCAGGAGAACAUACAUAAAAAUGUUGUUAUUCCAAUGUCAGAUGUUGUCUAAGAAACCAAACAAACCAAACACACUCAGACAGAGGCUGCUUCAAACAGCACUCACAACUUUAUAAACUUUUGGGCUAGAUUUGGGUACAAUAAUGAACACAUUUUGGAUAUAGAAGACAGAUGUUUGAUUCAGAGAAGGGUCAUGGAUGUCAUCUAUCUAUAUUAAACUGGAGAAACUAUCUCUGAACACUGAAGGUGGUCUCAGGUGUCACCUUCCCAACUUUAGAUCUUGUUUCUAAAACUGUUUUGGUGGUAACAACUUACUAGUGAAAACAACUCAAAUAACCAACACAGUAGUAUUGUGAAGUGUCUUCCAAAAAAAGGAUGGAGAGCUGAAACAUCUUUAAGAACCAAGAUAAAACAGUCUAAUUGAACUUAUUCGAGCUCUUAGGUUUAAUUUUUUAGAGAGAAGGGGUUUUCUUCUGGUAAACCUGCCAAACAAGCCAUAUUUGUCCAGUCUUUUUAAAUAAAUAAAUUUUAAGAGCACAACCAAUCACAUAAUGUGUAAUAAGCAAGACAAGUCAAAGGAAAAUAAAUAAAAAUGUAAAAAUCCAGCAAACAAAUAAUAAUAAUAAUAAUAAUAAUAAUAAUAAUAAUAAUAAUAAUAAGCCUACUACAACAUAAUUUCCCCCUUAAUAAACUUAAUGAUUCGAUGCAGUUCAGUUACACUAAGUUCAUUUUUAUGAAAUGAGAUGCAGCAGAGAGCAAUGUGAUUCAGAUCUAUACUCCUUCUAGUUCAAACACAUGAAUAUUAUCUAUCACAGUCUUUGUACAUCCAGAUCUUAAACUAAAUCCAAAAAAUGUAGUGCUUUUGCAAGACAGGACAAGUCCUACCAUUAAUCUAGCGUCCAACUUUUUCCAAGGUCAGGUCCCGUGAAAUUGGAUUUCUACAAAAAUAAAGAGAGGGUGUUUUUUUUAUUUUUGUCCUUAAUCUACUUCAAUAUGAUUACUUUUGUCAUUAUUUUGUUAAGGCAGACAGGGACCUUCUGGACUAAAGCUUGAAUAUAGGGCCCUAACAACCUUUUUACCCUUUAAAAGAGUGAUGGGAGUGCUGGAGCUUUUGAUGGGAGCACCUAUUGUUCUUUAAAGGUUAAUUAUUACGCAUUCCCACAGGCAUUGAAAUCUGGUGCCUACAUGUGAUUUGCGUUUGUGAUCAUUUGGUGAGGUGGUUCAGUCUUUUUCUAAUGUGCCAACAUAGAUUUAACAUGCAAACUGAGGCCUGGAGAGUCUGAGAUGUAGCUUCUAUCUUUCCUCAUCACUGUCUGAUGUCAUCCACUGCCACAUUUUGUGUUUUUAUAGAGGUGCCCUGUCUUUAUAAUGACUGAUUCAUCAAAUGCAUUUGAUCAGCUGAACCUGGCUGCUGUUUAAUUCCUAUAGAAUCUGCUUAGUUUUCACACAUUGCUGCAUUUUUUUCUGUAAUUUGUGUUAAAUAAUGACCAGAAAUGGUGUAAUAUGUGUUGUUUUCUGAUUUUAAGCUCUGGUUUUAAGAUCUUGGUUUUAGAAUUUUUUUUUUUAUAUAUUUUUUACACACUGGUACUUUUAUGUUCUGAAAAUUAGAUUUCAGCUUUGCACAAGGACUGUAAACAGGUGUUGAGCUGAACAUCUUUUUAUCUAACGCAUAGGGAAAACAUGUAAACUUGAUAAGAGAUUGGAUUUCUUUGUAACUGCCAUUGUCUCACCAUGAUCCAGCAUUUUAAAUGAUCAGAAGAAAUUAGGUAGAUGCCAGUUUCACACUGAAGAAAAGCUUACAUCCAUCAAA